UUCUAACCUUGUUUGGUAAUGGAAAUUUUGAAUUUCGUAUCUUUUAAAUACCUUUCGUAUUAUGUUCUUUGUGUUUCCAUUGUUUUAAGAAAAUAAAACUUGGAAAAAUAUAUGGAUACGGUCAAAUUUUUAAACUUAAUCUAUUAAAGUCUGGAAUGUUUAUAAAAGUGAAUUUGACAAGUGAUAAGAUAUUUUUAUUUCAUGAAUAAUUGCACUUAAAACAAUUGUUAGUGGUGUUAUUGAUGUGGAACAAACUUCGAUUUAUAUAAUUUUAUUUCAGUUCAGAAGUAAACAAUGUGAUAUUGCACAGUUGUAUGAUUUGGAUACUGAGGAUAGAGGAUUGAUGUUUAAUUGUUUGAAUAAUGAUAAAAUGUGUAAAUAUUCUACUUGUUACAAGUUGCAUCAAAUUCAAAUAAGGUACAGAUGAUGUCGGCGGUGAGCGGGGAUCCAUUGUUACGCAGAGUGAAGCAGGAAGCCGAGCCACCGCCACAAUACUCUCCCACAGAGCAACACAGACCCAUGCAGCUCUUGGAGCCGUGUAAUCUUGAACUAGAACCGAAAGAGGAAGUCAGGUUCUGUGUGUCGCCCGGCGAGGGUGGUAUAGUGGGUAAUACGAGCCCGGAACAGCAACACUGUUCGUCAACAACAGCUGCAGCGGCGAGCGGCGCCAGAGAUGAUGACGCGCCCCGCAGACUGUGCCUCGUAUGUGGUGAUGUGGCCUCGGGUUUCCACUACGGUGUUGCCAGCUGUGAGGCUUGCAAGGCGUUUUUUAAAAGAACCAUACAGGGCAACAUAGAAUACACAUGUCCGGCGUCGAACGAGUGCGAGAUAAACAAGCGGAGGAGGAAGGCGUGCCAGGCGUGCCGGUUCCGGAAGUGUCUCCGGACCGGCAUGCUGCGGGAGGGCGUGCGACUGGACCGCGUGCGCGGCGGCCGCCAGAAGUACCGCCGCGCGCCCGACCAGCCCGCCGCCAACCAGCCGCGCCCGCAGCUCGACGAGAUCAAAGUGUUAGAAGCUCUGUCGUCUUACGAGCCAGAAUUAUUGACAUGUGGUGCCCCGCCGCCCGGCGUGUCGGACCCCACGGCCCGGACGCUGGCGCUGCUGGCGGACAUCUACGACAGAGAGUUGGUGGGUGUCAUCGGCUGGGCGAAACAGAUUCCCGGCUUCACGGAUUUGGCGCUCAACGAUCAGAUGCGGCUGUUGCAGAGCACCUGGGCGGAGAUGUUGAGCCUGAUGGUGGCGUAUCGCUCCAUGUGCGCGGGCGGUGCGCCUCGCUUGCGCUUCGCGGCCGAGCUGGCGCUGGACGAGCAGCAGGCGCGCGACCUCGGCGCACAUGACCUUUACCUGCAGAUAGCGGGCGUGUCGCGGCGCCUGGAGCGCGCGGGCGCGCACCGCGAGGAGUGCUACUUGCUGAAGGCGCUGGCGCUCGCCAACUCCGAGGCGCGCAUCGACGAGCACUCCGCGCUCAAGCGCUUCCGGGACGCCAUCCUCGCCGCGCUCAACGACGCCGUCUCCGCGCUCAGGCCGUACAACAACGCGAACACGGCGAUGCAGCAGCUGCUGCUGGUGCUGCCGGCGCUGCGGCUGGCCGACGUGUCGGUGCGGCGCUUCUGGGCCGGCGUGCACCGCGAGCGGCGCGCGCCCAUGAACAAGCUGUUCGUGGAGAUGCUGGAGGCGUGCCUGCGGUAGGCGCCCCCCACCCCCACCGACAUAUCACAGUGGCGUCGUCGAUGGAUUCGUUUGCCAUAUUUAAGUCUGCAUUUAGCGGUUCGGACGUGAUGUGAUAGUGUAUAUAUAUUUAUGUUUCGACGGUCGACGUCUGUUUUAUGGCUGUGAAGUGGCGGAUCUUGGAAUUUUUGAAAUUCUGACUUUUCUCUGAUGUUGCACGGCGUCGCGUCCCCGCGUCUUAUGUACAAAAUGAUGGACGGAUCUAGUACAAAACUUGUUACUAUUUUUGUAUAAUAUUAAAAGUAUAUCUAGUUUUACGGUUUGGUGAAGUUUCGAGAUUAAAAUACGGUCGAGGAAAGAAUCGGACUAGUUUGGAUGAUAACUGCUUAAACGAGUAAUGUUAUUGAAGCCUUUCGAAGUGCGGGGCGUGUAAAUAAUUCGUCGUAUAACCUUUUUGUGGCAAAGCCGAAAUAUAUACAUAAAUAUAUUAUAAAAUGUAGUGGCAUUUUUUCCCCGACUGUAAAUUACUUGAGAAUUUCAUACGCGGUAGCCGUAUUCGGCUUUUCUAUUUGUUUUAUCGUUUAUUUCGUACGAAGUACGUUUUACACUUUAUUCACUGUUGUCGAUGUCUGCGGUUUGAUUAAUACAUCAAAUCUGGACUUUGUAAUGAUACUUUUUAACCUGACUUAAAAUAUGUACACCGGUUUAAAAAAAGAACUUAAUUUUUGGCGGGUUAAAACAGCGAUCACAGAUAAAGAAUAAAAUAAUCACUAUAGUCUAUACUGAAUCAAUAUAUUUUUAGAACUGUUCCACUUAACGAUUUAUAUAUACCUUGGAUGUCUAUAGAGUAUUUUUUGGACUGUUGUAAACGAAUGUUUUAUCAUCUUUGUAUGAAUUGAAUAUAAAAAUAAAUUGUACAUAAAAAUGUUGUAUUUUAAGAGUAUAUAAAAGUGGAACAGUAUUAUAAUACUGAAUACCUCAAUAAUCUGUUACCAUUCAGUCAUUUAUGAAGUAAAUAUGAAUUAUGAAAUAAGUGGAGUUUAUCGCGAUCGGUAAAGUAUCUUUUUAUGAUCUGAAAUUUUAGUCUAGAAUAUUUUAAAUUCCUAUUAUAUAUUGAAUAGGUAUCGUUUGACGGAAAAUUAUGUACCUAAAAUGUAAUGCAAUAAAUAGAAUGUUUUUUUUUUUUGAAAAUUAUUAUAAUUGUCAAUUAUGUAAAAUUGGAGAGAUUUUACUGAUCGUUGUAAAAAGCUAAUGUAUACAAUUAUAAAAUUCGUCAAAUAAUCACUUUGGACCUGACAUACUCUAAAUUUUAUUCAUAAAAUUUGUAUCACAAUAUAUUUUUAGUCUAUGUCCGGAAAAAGGUUUAAUUUGUUUAAUCUGGUUUCUUGUUUGUAAUUUAGUAAGUUAUUGUAACAGCUUGGUUGUUGAAACAUCUCCUUAUGUAAUUUUAAUAAAAUGAAGUAAUGUAUAGUUAUAUAGUUAAUGAAUUUUAGAAUUAAGCGUUUUUACACUUUCGCAUUUUAAGAAGGUAUGUAUAUAUUUAUACAAUUAAUUAUUUUUAGCUUAGCUGAUAUUUCUUUUUAAUUUGACGAAUUUUAUAGCUGUGUGUAUACUUUAUCCUCGUUAAAAACGGUUAUGGUUAUUUCCAGUGAAUUAUUUAAAGCGUCCUGUUGUAGUUAUUCUUAUGUUAAGAAUAUUCGAUUUAUUUAUAAUUUGUAAUGUUCUCGCUGAUGCAGCGUUCGGUGUGAUAGAUGUACAAAACGUGAGAUGUGCCAGAAUAGAUUUUAAGUUUUUCUUUUCAUUGUUUCCACGGCAUGUUAGUAUUAUCGAAAUAAUAUGAAAAAUAAAAAACAACAAUUAAUAUUCUACUAAAUAUAAUUUGAUCAAGUUUUUCAUAGAUAAUGGUGUUGUUCUAUUUAUCACAAUAUUGUAGUGUAGCUACAAUAAUUUGACAGAUCUAAGAGACUAAAGGUACGUGAGAAAAAUAUAGCAAUAUUUUUAGUACUGUCAAAUUAGUUUAGUUUAAGAAAUUGUGUACAAAAGAAUUGGCACCAUUAUUAUUAAGUUAUUUACUUUGAAUUAUCAAACAAAUAAAUAUAAAUGAUAUUUAUAUGUUUUUCUACGAUUUAAAAAGUUGGCGCCAUUUUGUUGAUAUGAGGACAAGAUGGCGCAAAUGUAUUUCGAUAGACAUGACCGACCUAUAUUAUUUGUACAGGACUUAAAACUGUCUUUUAUUUGUAAGAAUGAAUUGUAUGUUUGGUUACAAGAAGUAAUUUGGAUUAUAUGAAUUGGUCUUGGAGAUAAUGUGACAUAAAUUAUAAAAUGAU